CCCCAAAGCUGCAAUGUCCCAACCACAGCAGCAGCAGCAGCAGCAGCAACUGCAACUGUUUGGCACAUUCCCCGCUGAUCUGUGCAAGGUCAACCAGCGCGUGCCUGGGCUCGUCUCGCUCAACGCGCACCACCUCGUCUUUGUCGGACGCAACACGACCGCUUCCGAGGAUGUCAUUAUCCCGGCGAUGAACGUCAACCAGGUCCAGCGCAAGACGGCGAGCGCGCUGUUUGGCAGCUCUGCUGGAGCUGCCCUGCUGUCCACUUCGGCGGCAACCUCCUCCUCCUCGUCGCUGUCGUCGUCCUUGUCGCCGUCAUCGUCGUUAUUGUCGUCGUCGCCAAGCACGGGGGUCUCGGCGUCCGGUGGGUCUGCGUCGUCAGCGCCUGGGUCGGCCGCCAACAUACCCGGAAUCGGCUCUGGUUCUGCUGGUUCGGCCAGCGACUCUCUUGUGCUCGUCAUCCGAUGCACCGACUUUCGCGACGUUGUCUUGCGCAUGACCUCGGAAGCGGAUUGCAACGCUGUCGCGAGCUGGCUUUCACGCGCUGCCUUUCCAGACUCGGUGGACAAGCUCUUCCCGUUCGCGCGGACUCCCCCGAGCUUCCCCGAGUUCAACGGAUGGAACUUGUACAAUCCGCAGGAGGAGUACCAGCGAAUGGGCAUUCCCUCUGCGCUCUGGCGCCUUUCGUCCGUCAAUUCGUUGUACAAGAGCUGCGAAGGCUAUCCUCGACUACUCUGCGUGCCUGCAGACAUUGAUGACAAGAUUCUAGGCGACAGCUUCAAAGCGCACCUGGACUAUGCUGCUCCAGUUCUCGCCUACCACCAUCCUGCGACAAAGGCCGUCCUUGUACGCACUGGCCUACCGAUGCCGGCCCCAGGAACACCAUCCGUUCAAGCAGACAACAAGUUGAUGGACGCCAUUCUGCGCACCAACCCUCACAAACGAGCGUGCGUGAUUGACACUCGGUCGCCGUCUGCUGCCUCCGCGUACAAGAAAAAGUACCCGAGCGCUCACGGCAGUCACUAUCCCAGCUAUGCGCGCUAUUUUGUGGGACUCGAGGGGUUUCAGGCGCUGCGCGAAAGCAUGGCGCGAUUGAUUGACUAUGCGCAUGACACGAGCAUUUCCGCAUCGUCGUGGGUGUCGCGUCUCGAGUCGAGUGGCUGGCUUCGGCACGUUCGAGCCAUGAUGGUCGCGGCUGCCAGCAUUGCCAGACUGAUUGGGUCGGAUGCCACCUCUGUCGUUCUGGCUUCGCAGGAGAUCUUUGAUGUUGGCAACUGCGCCGUUGCGCUGGCCAUGCUGCUCAUGGAUCCGUAUUUCCGAACAGUGCAAGGCUUUCAAGUGCUCAUCGAAAAAGAAUGGCUGUCGUUUGGACACCGGUUUAGCGACCGCCACGGACACUAUGGUCCUCCUGGAAACCGAUACCGCGCGGCUGCUCCCGUCUUUACGCUUUUCUUGGACUGCGUCUGGCAGAUUACACAGCAAUUCCCUGCCUCAUUCCAGUUUGGCGAAUCCUAUCUGCGCUUCUUGCGCGACCAUUCCUACUGCAGUCCAUACGGCACCUUCCUCAUGAACUCGGAGGCAGAACGCACUGCCGCACGCCUGCAAUUGUGCACGCAGUCUCUCUGGUCCUUCCUGAGCGAGCCUGAACACUUGCACCCGCUGACCAACCCAUUGUACCUUUCACCGGCAAUGGACGUGCUGCUUCCCGCUUGCCGGCCACAAAACACUCGCUUCUGGGCAAACCUUUAUUGUCGUUAUGUCUUCUCGUGGGAAGGCCCCAAUCGAGGAAACGCAAAGUUGCAAAGUCUGCGCGAGGACACUGCUCGGUGUCAAUUGGCGGCUGACACUGCGGAGGGAAUGGCUGCAGAAAUGGAGCAACAGUUGGAAAAACUGUCGCACAGUCAUGAUGCCUUGUUUGCAGAACUUGAGCAAGCAUUCCCGAAUGUCGCAGCCGAGUGGAACAAGCAGCAAGCUCAGGUGGAUGGAGUCGUUGCACCAUGACCCCCCCCACACACACACACACACUCAACUGCAACAUGAAGCAACGCCAGAGCUAAUAUUCCACCUGUUGCGUGUGAACUCUCCCUCCUUUUUCAUUCUAGGUUUGGACAUUUUGUUUCAUUCUUUUUCUUUUUUUUUCUUUUUGUUUUCAUUAAAUUGUUUUACA